AUGGAACAAAAAUUGCAAGAGCUCAGAACUAAGGGUACAUCAGUACUACUUCGUGCUAAUUACGUUAAUGUUAUAAAGUUCCCAAAUGUGGAGUUGACUCGGUAUAAUUUUGAAAGCUUUUCACCUCGUGGUCGGAAACCGAGUAAACCAGUCCGAGUAAAGAUUUUUAUGGAAAUGAUAAAACAAAAAAUAUUUGGCAAUUGUUUGCCGGUGUAUGAUGGAAAUGAUUUGAUCUAUUGUUCAACUAAAUUACCGAUGGGAAACAGUAAAGAGGAUAGUAAAUUAGAAGUUGUUCUUCCUCCAAGUGAAGAUAAUAAUGGCAAACCUACAAAAUUUGACGUAAAAAUUAAAAAUCCCACAAAGAUUAAUUUAAAAUCUUUACAGGAAUAUAUUAAUUCGGGAAAAGUAUCGGAUAAAUCGGAAAAUGAUAUUCAAACUUGUAUGAAUGCAUUGAAUACUUAUUUAAAUUUCAAAGUCCGCACUGUCUUUUUAUCAGUUGGAAGAGGAAUCUUUCCUCCAGUAACUGACGUGCAAAGAACUCUUUUGGCUACUGGUGAGGAAAUAAAAAAAGGAUUCGUUCAAUCUUUGAGAAUAGGAUGGGACCGUCUCCUUGUUAAUGUUGACACGAGUUUUGGCAUUUUUUAUCCUCCCGGAAAUGUCAUGGAUGUUAUUGCAAGCUUCUUUUGGUGUGACAAAAAUGAUUUGAGGAAUGGUAUCCAAGAUAAUGAUAGGAUUUAUUUAAAUAAGUUAUUAAAAGGAGUUAAGAUUUACGUUUUGCAUCGUGGUGAAAGGAAAAGAAAAUAUACUAUUAGUGGAAUAACGACGGCUUCGGCAGAUAAAACCACAUUUAAGCAGGAUGAUAAAGACAUUACAGUUACUCAAUACUUCCUAAAUACAUAUAAAAAGAAGCUUGAUUUUGGAAAACUUCCUUGUAUUGUUGAUGUCAAAAAUUGUUAUCUUCCUCUAGAGUGCUGCGAGAUAUUACCAGACCAACCCUUCAAAUUUACUCUUUCUGAUGAUGCUCGCGCUGAAAUGAUCAAAUUUACUUGUAUCAAACCGGCUGACCGUUUUAAAACAAUUGAUGGUUCAUUUCGAAACUUUUUUCGCUAUGAUCAAGACGAGUUUAUGAAAUCUAUUAAUAUGAAUAUUGAUAUUGAGACAAAGGUAAAAGUUACAGGACGUGUUCUUCCUAAUGUGUCAAUGACAUUUCAUAAAAGUAGUAGCCCUGCAGUUCAAUUUAUAGAAGGGGGACGUUGGAAUCUUGUAAAAAGAAAGGUUCUUGAUGGUCAGACAUUAAUUAAUUGGUCAGUGUUAGUUUUGUCUGGCGAUAAUCAACAUGUAGUAGGAGGAUUCAUGCGACAAUUACGUGAAGUUCUAAACGAAAAGGGGAUGAAUAUUGCUAAUGAUCCACAAAUAGUACCUUGGUCUAUGCAGAGAGAUAUUAAAGAGGGAUUAGUUCAGGCUAUUAAAGUUAGAGCGGAUCCACAAAAACCUCCUCAAUUGAUUAUCGUCAUAAUGCAAGAUCGUUCUCCAUUAUAUGCUGAGAUAAAACGUGUUGGAGAAACUGAUUUGGGUGUGAGAACUCAAUGCGUGUUGGCUAAAAACGUGAGAAAGCGUCAAAAUGAACAAUUUUGUGUAAAUCUCGGAUUAAAAAUAAACGCCAAACUUGGAGGUAGAAAUUUUAGUUUAACUCCUGGACAGAUGGACUUUAUUUCAUCAGCGCCGACAAUAGUAUUCGGUGCAGAUGUUUUCCAUUCAGGUAGAGGAGAAAUGCAUGUACCUAGCAUCGCUGCCGUUUGUGCCUCUAUGGAUGCCAAUGCCACACUUUAUAGUGGUCGACAUAGUAUGCAAGUUGAACCACGUAAUGAGACUAUUGAAAAUUUAGAGGGAAUGGUGGUUGAUUUAUUAAAAGCUUUUCAAGCUAAAAAUAAAUGUCUCCCAAAGAGAGUUUUAUUUUAUCGUGAUGGAGUUAGCGAGGGGCAAUUUAAAAAAAUCUUGGAAGCAGAAGUAGAAGGAGCAUUGAAACGAGCCUUUAAAAGAGGAUAUGGAAAUAAUCCUCCAAAAUUGACUUUUAUUAUUGUACAAAAAAGACAUCACACAAAGAUUCAUCCAGAUUCUCCACGUGAUAGAGAUAAAAAUGGAAAUUGCAAACCAGGAACCGUUGUCGAUACAGGGAUUGUUGCAAAACAUGAAUUUGAUUUUUUCCUACAAUCUCAUGCCACCCUUCAAGGGACUGGGCGUUCAGCUCAUUAUCGUGUGUUAAGAGAUGAAAAUGGUUUUGGUGCUGAUGCUUUGCAGUUGUUAACGAAUAAUCUAUGUUAUUUAAAUGCAAGAUGCACAACGGCUAUAUCAAUAGUAACACCCGCAUUCUAUGCACAUUUAAUUGCAAAUCGUGCGAAACAAUAUCUUGUUUGGGAUAGCCAAGCAUCAAGGUCAUCAAAUGAAGAAAAACCCACAUGCCCAGCAGUGAAAAAGGAAAUAGAAAAUAUUAUGUAUUUUAUUUAA